AUGCAGCACAGGGAAAAGGAGGUCGCAGAACGUAUCUUAGUGGCCCUGCAGGCGGGCUGGUCGAGCAGUCCCGACAGCCCCUGUCCGCUCCUGAAAAUGCUAGAGGAGAUCGAGCAGCUGCUGGACGACAGGCUCGUCGACCAGGAGAUCAUCGCCCAAAUGGCAUGGAUGGAGUGCAGGGCCAGCCCCCCGCAGCAGCCCGCCACCGCGCGGAAGAUAGACAGCUGCAGCACCUUCGACACCGUGUCGAUCAAAAGCACUCCUCGGCCGAGUUCGCAGUGGCUGCUGGAGAAGAUCCCCGACAAGCACUUUUCGUGGGAGGACUCCUCCGACUCGGAUUUCGACAUCCGCAUGGAAACCAUCCAGAAGCGCGGCCGAAGGGCGCCCAAGGAGGCGCCCUCCGACUCGGGCGAGGAACUGGAGCAGCUGCUGGACAACAUAAAGCGGAGGGAGAAGGAUCUGCGCCAGCUGUACAUCAAAGAGCACCGAGAGUCUUCGAGCAAGGUGUCCUUCGCACCUGAGUUGUCGGUGCCCAUCUCGGUGGACAUCCGUAGCUUUGACUGGGGGCAGCUAGCCAGGCAGCAGCUGGCCUGCGGGGGACAGCUCUUCGACGUGAUCAUGAUGGACCCGCCCUGGAGGCUGUCCUCCUCGCAGCCCUCACGAGGGGUGGCCAUUCAGUACAACUCCCUGGGGGACGACGUGAUCGAGUCGAUGCCAAUCCAGACCCUGUCGGACAGGGGCUACAUCUUCAUUUGGGCGAUCAACGCCAAGUACCGGUUCACCCUAACGCUCAUGGAGAAGUGGGGCUACCGCAUGGUCGACGAGAUCUGCUGGGUGAAGAAGACGGUCAAGGGCAAGAUCGCCAAGGGGCACGGGUUCUACCUGCAGCACGCCAAGGAGUCGUGCCUGGUGGGGGUCAAGGGCGAUGUCGAGGACAGCCCACGCUUCAUCCAGAAUGUGGGCAACGACAUGAUCUUUUCGGAGCGACGGGGGCAGAGCCAAAAGCCGACGUAGAUCUAUGAACUGAUCGAGCAGCUGUGCCCGCGCGGGUUCUACCUCGAGGUGUUCGGCCGCAGGAACAACCUGCGUGACCGCUGGGUGACCAUUGGCAAUGAGAUCUGA